AUGGCCGUGGUGGGUGCACACAGGUUGCCCGCGGGCGCGCGGGGUCCGGCGGGCGUCCCGGGGUGGUCCCCGUGUGGGGCCGGGGGCGUCCGCGCGGGCGGGCGAGGUCGGGGAGGGCAGCCGCCCGCCCUCCUCCGCGCUGGGAGCUUUCGGCUGGUUCUGCGGGAGGAGCUCCCGGGUGACCCGCGGGUUCUGAAACCGCCGCUCGGGAGCUCGGGGCCUGCGCGGCGUCUACGGGGCGAGCGAGGGAGCACUGACGCCUUUCGCCCGGAUCCUUCUCCCCUUCCGAGAACCAGUGGGCUCUGCGCUCGCGUUAACAAUUCGAAUUGGCACGUUUCUGCGUUUAAGAACGCUGCUCGCUUCCUCACACUUAGAUUGAGGUGGAACUCACGUCACAUAAACCGGGCCGCAGGGCUGAGCUCAGUGGGGCCCCCCCACAGUGUUGCGGGACCAGCACCUUCCCGGGCUCCGGAACAGCUUCGACCCGAGCAGAGCCCGGCCCGUCGGCAGCCGCUCUCUGCGCCCCUCCCGGGCCCUGCAGCCCCCGCCCUGCUCCGCGGACCAGCCUGUUGUGACCUCCGUUCAGUGGAGCCCUACGUGCUGUGGCUUUUGUGUUGCGGCGUCUUUCGCUUAGAAUCGCGUCUUCAAGGUUCGUCCGCGGUGGAGCGGGGAUCAGGCCCGCGUUCCUUUUCACUACUGAAUAAUAUCCCAUGGUAUGAAGCCGGCGGUGGGACAGGACCUGGGCCACCCCCUCUGAUUAUUUCCCGCCCACCCCCUCACUGGCGCCAGCCCCACGGAGACCUCGCAGGUGCCGUGAGAAAGUGGAGAUGAGCAGAGUCUGGACGCAUGCGCUGGGCCGGGAGGUGCAGGCCGCAGCCUACCGGGUCUCCUGAUGCGGAAAUCUGCACCCAGGGCGGAACUCGCCGGUGUCUUCCGCGCGCGGCGCGCACGUGUCGGCAUCCUUUCUAGUGCGCCUGCGCCGCCGGCACCGCCUGCACCUGCGCCGACGCUCGCUGACAGCAGGACCCUCCUGGAAACCGCGCAGGACCCGCCUUCGGGAGCCCGAGAGCCUCCUUCCCGGGCGCCAGUCUUAAUUAAACUUUGUGUGUGAGUGAUGGAGCCUCGCUCUUUUGCCCAGGCUGGAGUGCAAUGGCACGAUCUCGGCUCACUGCAACCCCCGCCUCUCGGGUUCAGGCGAUUCUCCCGCUUCAGCCUCCCUAGUAGCCGGGACUACAGGUGCCCGCCACCACACCCUGCAAUUUUUUUUUUUUUUUUUUUUUGGUAGAGAUGGAGUUUCACCAUGUUGCCCAGGCUGGUCUCGAACUCCUGACCUCAGGUGAUCCGCCCGCCUCGGCCUCCCAAAGUGCUGGAAUUACAGGCAUGAGCACCACGCCGGCCUUAAUAGACCUUAUCUGGGAGAAGUGUGUCUGGCCUUGUGUCAGUUUCUGUUGCGUGGCAAGGUAAGAACCUGCAGCGGUGACAGCAUGGAGACUGAUUUCACUUGUCCCUUUGUCUCUGGAUGGACGCGUGGGUGGUUUCCAUUCUGCCUUCUCUGACGGUGCCACGAGGAACAUUGAGCUCCUAUUUUCAGUUCUUUAGGGUAUAAACCUACGGUUCAAAUUGGGAGGUCCUAUGGUAAUUCUGUGUUUAGACCUUUGUACCCUUUACUUUUUCUUUUAAAGUACUUUUAAAUUUUAAUAUUUUAAAUGUUGGCAAAAUAUACAUAACAUAAAAGCUACCAUUUAAACCAUUUUUAGCUGAACAAUUCAGUGGCAUUAAACUUAUGUAACCAUCAUGAUGGUCUAUUUCCAAAUUUUUUCUUCCCGAAAAGAAAGCACAAGGCCGGGUGCAGUGGCUCACUCCUGUAAUCCUAGCACUUUGGAAGGCCGAGGUGGGUGGAUCAUGAGGUCAGGAGAUCGAGACCAUCCUGGCUAACAUGGUGAAACCCCGUCUCUACUAAAAAUACAAAAAAUUAGCCGGGUGUGGUGGUGGGCAGCUGUAGUCCCAGCUACUCGGGAGGCUGAGGCAGGAGAAUGGUGUGAACCUGGGAGGCGGAGCUUGCAGUGAGCCAAGAUUGCGUCACUGCACUCCAGUCUGGGCAACAGAGCAAGACUCUGUCUCAAAAAAAAAAAAAAAAAAAAAAAAAGCAUGCAUUUAAGCAGUAACUCCCCAUUCCCCCGAUGCACCCACUCCUGGUUAACCUCUCUUCUUUCUCUGAACUUGCCUCCUGUGAGGACCUUGUGUAAGUGGAAUAUUGCAAUAUUUGUCCUUUGCCUAGCCUCAUGUUCUCAAGGUUCAUUCAUCUGUGUUGCAGCCUCUUUCCAUAAUUUGUUCCAUUUUAUGGAUAUUGAAACUGGCCCAAUAGUCCCAUAGAACUGAUAUUUAUGGUUUCUUUUAAAUAAACAUAGAAAUUGGCCCUCCCAGUCUUAAAACUUGAGAAAGUUACAUUUGUCCUAUCUGAGUUCCUUUCUAAGGAAACCAACCAUUAGGCCUCCAGAUCGCAAGAAGCUGAAAUCCACCAGAUCACAGCAUCUGGACAAUGAGA